UCCAUUACAUUUCAGUCUCCUUCAGUUCGCCCUCCAACCGGUGAAGUUCACCAAGCGGUUGCGGUUGUCACAACACAAAGUAAUAUCCCUCUAAAAUUUCCUCGCUUCGUACCGCUAGCUUCACCUUCAUACCGACAGAAUGGCAGUCCCCCCAACAUAUGGAGACCUUGGAAAGUCUGCCAAGGAUGUCUUCAACAAAGGAUAUGGGUUUGGAGUGGUGAAACUUGAUGUCAAGACAAAAUCCGCUACUGGUGUGGAGUUCAAAACUGCCGGCUCCUCCAACACAGACACUGGGAAAGUGGCGGGCAGCCUGGAAACCAAAUACAAGAAGUCCGAGUACGGCCUGACCUUCACAGAGAAAUGGAACACUGACAACACGUUAGGAACAGAGAUCACAGUCGAAGACCAGAUUGCCAAAGGUCUGAAGUUGACUUUCGACACCACUUUCUCUCCAAACACAGGGAAGAAGAGCGGUAAAGUCAAGACAGCCUACAAGCGUGAAUAUGUUAACCUUGGCUGCGACGUUGACUUCGAUUUUGCUGGGCCCACCAUUCACGGCGCCGCCGUUGUUGGCUACGAGGGCUGGCUGGCCGGCUACCAAAUGUCCUUCGACACAGCCAAGUCCAAGAUGACCCAGAGCAACUUUGCUGUCGGUUACAAGACUGGUGAUUUCCAGCUGCACACCAACGUUAAUGACGGUUCAGAGUUCGGCGGCUCCAUCUACCAGAAGGUGAACCCUAAGCUGGAGACUGCUGUCAACCUGGCCUGGACCGCUGGCAGCAACAGCACCCGCUUUGGCAUCGCAGCCAAGUACCAGUUGGACAAGGAUGCCUCCAUUAAUGCUAAAGUGAACAAUACCAGCCUUGUUGGUGUUGGCUACACUCAGACACUAAGACCAGGUGUGAAGCUCACCCUUGCAGCUCUUGUCGAUGGAAAGAGCAUCAACGCUGGAGGCCACAAGCUUGGUUUGGGCCUUGAGCUCGAGGCUUAAACCAACAUCUACGUGUAAACGUUUGGGGCGAGGGAAUAACAGAACAGUUUGGCCUUAAGUCGGUUUCCACCUAAAACCAGCUGGGCAUUUCUGGAAGGGAAACGGGUUCAAAGACCACGAAAACCACUACAACGCAAAAAAAGAAUAAUAAUUCUCCAUAAUCUCAGUGUGGCUGGUGUUUUCUUCUGAGUCAUGGUUGUACUGUGUAAUUCUUGUUUUUAGCUUUGAAGAUAUUUGGGGUGUGUGACAAAGACCUCUCCUCCUCCACUGCCAUGACAAGCGAAAUGCAGAUCUCCCACACCACUCCUCAAGGUGGCUAUGUACUGUAUGGCAGUCGUUCUGAAUCCUCUGGAUUUGGCGUUAACAUGUUGCUGUGGGAGGGACUGAACUUUUUGUUAUCUUCAACAUGUUACUGAGGUGGUGUGGUGAUUCUAUCAUGAGGUACGCUGCUGAUUCAGUUGUAAGUUGAUAUUCCCAAGUUGUCCAAAUGAUUCAUUUAUUUGCUUCGCUCCAAAAGGUCACUACAGUUUUUUUUUUCCAAAUCUAUGUUCACCAGAGAGAAGUGUUUUGCUUCUUCAUGGUCAUGUUUUCUUGUAAGCCAUUGGGAUUUUGAAGGGAGAUUGAACUGUGCUGCAAGUCUACCCCAAAACAGAGCAGUUUCUGGGAUGGCUUUAACUGAAGGUCUCUUGAGCAAGGAUUACGUUGGGACAUCUUUUGUCGAUUUGAUUUAACACCUCGCCCCAUUUUACUACCUUUUUUACCCCCUUGUUGAUCAGACGACUUGGUAAGGUCUGCAACUGAGAUGCCAAAAUUGUUUUGUUUCUUUCCCUUUGGAUAUGAACCUCUGACCGUGUCUGUUGACAGCCUGUCACAGACUCCUUGAGAUGGCACUUACACAAAAUACAUGGAGUGAUCCUCAUGUAUGGUAUCAUUUUCAAUAAAGUCUUUGAACUCCAAAA